AUGAAUUUUCCAAAACGAAAAGACAUUCAAGGACUUCGCGGUCUGGCAAUUAUCUAUGUGUUGUCAUUUCACCUAUACCCAUGGCUCUUCCGCAAUGGGUACCUCGGAGUGGAUAUAUUUUUUGUAAUCUCAGGUUACCUCAUGACAAUGAUAUUGGAAAAACAACCAUCAGUUUGUUUUUCACAAACUGUAGUGUUUUAUAAAAAACGCAUAAAACGCAUAUUUCCUGCAUAUUUUAUGCUUCUAUUUACACUACUACUGUAUGGAUAUUUCACACUCGCCGAAAAAGAUUUUGAGUUGCUGCAAACGGAUUCUAAUUGGGCUGCUUUUUUUGCCACCAAUAUCCACAAGUAUAUUUUAAAUGAGGGCUAUUUUAGCGAUAUUGCAAAUUACGAUUUUCUCGUUCACACAUGGUCACUAGCUGUCGAAAUUCAGUUCUACUUUAUUGCUCCAAUAUUAGUGCUUUUUUUAAAAGGACAUUUAGUUGCCCAAAUUUUAUGGGUCUUUAUUCUAUUUGCCUCUAUAUGGUUCAAUCUUUCUACUUCUGGACCUUUGCAAUUUUCUUCUCUUCCUAGUCGCAUGUGGCAGUUUAUGUGUGGAAGCCUUUAUUCGCCUACUCUGCUGUAUUCUUUCACAGGGCCGCAUGGCAUUGGACACACAACAAUAGCUCUGAUUGCUGUUUCUCCGGCAAUAAUUUUUCCUCCUAUAAACAAAGAUUUUAUUCGGUUUAUUGUUACCAUGGCCAGUGCUCUUCUUAUUUGGCUGGAAGACGAUGUUUUGGUAAACAAAUUUCUUGGAAACAAGUACCUGUAUUACGUCGGAGAGAUUUCUUACUCUGUUUAUUUACUGCACUGGCCGGCGAUUGUAAUCUUCAACUACACGUUAAAUGCAGACCACUUAUACUCAUUGUUUACGUCAUUAUGCAUUCUGUUUUCGCAUAACUCUGCAUCUCUCACGGCUUUUCUCUAA